CAAAAAUGGAUGCACAUUUGGAAAAUAAGUUCUUAGGCAAUGAAAAGGCCUUUGUCGAUGCUUAUAAUGAGCAGGUCAACCAACCACUGGCUUUUACUAAGAGUAAAGAUGACUUUAACACCAAGGUUUAUGAUAGUUUUGUUAUUGAGAAGGAUCUCUUGCUUGGAUAUUUGCAAGACCUCUUGCACUGGAUCAAAAAUGGAAAUGAUACAACCAAUGAAGCUAAGAUAGUCACUCUAAAUACAGAGCAAGAUUGAGAGAAUGUUUCUGCAAGAGUUAUCUGGAUUCUAUCCAAAUAUCAAGAGCAGCCAGAGUUGUUAGAUUCCAUGCUAUCCCAGUUUAUAUCUCCAAUCAUUAACUAUAUGGUUUCAUUUCUUAGAGAAGAUUUUGGUGCUUUAGAGAAGCCUUACAACAUUAGCCAAACUUUCAAGAUGCUUCUAAAUAUUCUAUACAAAACAUGAGAAGUUAGAGGGACUAAAACAGUGCUUAAAUAUUUCCCACACUCAGUUGAAGACCUUGAGAAUCUUGUGGAGUUUAUCGCCAAUAUUAACCUCCAAAAUUGGGAAUGGUAUGUCCAUUACAUCCUUUUCAUGUGGCUUUCUAUGGUCGUAAUCGUUCCAUUCGAUCUGGAAACCAUCGACUCAAAGAAAGAAGGAGAUGAGACUUUACUCGACAAAAUCAUUAACUUCAGCGAAGGGUUCCUCAACCAAGCAGGGAAGAACAAAGAAAUUUCUAGCCAAGUUGUUGCAAAGCUUCUUACUCGUCCUGAUGUGAUUAAGCUUGGUUAUCUUGAUUCAUUCAUUGAGAAGAUGAAGACUCAGUACAUUGAAAAUAUUAACAAUCCAACAAAGAUUAUGCAACUCGUUGGAUGUCUUCAAGUAUUGUGUGAUAUUUUCAAAACUGGACAGAGAAGUGAUCUAUUCAGUAGAGUAGAGACUGUCUUUGACACUUUCAUCAAGACAGAAUCUGAGCAAAAUUUCAUUCAAUCCAGUUCGAUGCUCAAGAAACAAAGAGUAAAAUUUGCACAUAAAUUAGGCUUGAUUUUCCUUAAACCAAGAGUUGCAUCAUGGAGGUACCAAAUGGACUCGAAAUCUCUUCUUAAGAAUCUUGAUAGUGAAUCUAAAAAUGAAGAAGCUCCUGAUACUGGAUUCAAUUACGAAGAGAAUGAAGAUGAUGAUAUGGAUUCAGACUGUGAUUUUGAAUGCUUAGAAACCAUUAUCUCCAUUCUUCUCAGCCACCUUAAGGAUAAAGAUACCUCUAUUAGAUGGUCAGCAGCAAAAGGGCUAGGAAAAAUCACCAGUAGAUUGACCCUCGAAUUAGCAGACCAGAUAGUUGAAGAUAUCUUAAAAUGCUUUGAUGAUUCAGACACAGAUUCAUCAUGGCAAGGAGGCUGUCUUGCUUUGGCUGAGCUUUGCAGAGAAGGUCUCCUUCUUCCAGAAAGACUAGACCAGGUAAUGCCAAAGCUAAAGGAAGCACUUCUCUUUGAUAUCAAUAAAGGAGAUCAUUCUGUAGGAGCCCAUGUUAGAGAUGCAGCUUGAUAUGUUGUAUGGAGUUUCGCAAGAAGUUUCAAGAAAGAAAUCAUGAAACCACAUGUUGAAUCACUUUCAACACAUUUGUGUAUUUUGUUCUUGUUUGAUAGAGAGGUUAACUGUAGAAGAGCUGGUAGUGCUGCAUUCCAGGAAUCUGUAGGAAGACAAAGAAUCUUCCCUCAUGGAAUUGAAAUCCUUGCUGAAGCAGAUUAUUUUACACUAGCUAAUAAAGCAAAUUCAUUUUUAAACGUUUCGACAUACAUUGCGCAAUUUGAAGAAUACUAUGAUCCAUUAAUUAAUAACUUAGUGAAUGAAAAGCUCAAACACUGGGAAACUGAGAUGAGGCAAUUAGCUGCUAAGUCUCUUUCUGUUUUAUCUAUCUUUAAUCCUCAGCAUGUAAUUGACAAUUACCUUCCAACCAUCCUCAAAAACUGCUUCAGCAAGGUUCUUCACAUUAGACAUGGAGCUUUGUGGGCCUUAUCUGAACUGAUGCUCGGCCUCUCAGGAUUGAGCCACAUUAGUAGAAAUGAGAAGCUUGAAGAAGCAAUGCAGCAGAUUCACCAGAAGGAAAUCGAGCUGAUCAAGCAAGGAGACAAUAAAGAAAAAUUCAAUGAGAAGUUUGAAGAACUUCAAAAGAAGAAUAAUGCUGAACUCAUUCCUAAAGAUCUCAUGGAUGAGAUCAAGCAAGUAAUCUUCCAGAUGGAUGAGCAGAAGCUAUUCAAAGGUAAAGGAGGAGAAAUAAUGAGGUUGUCUGUAAACCAUUACCUCCAAUGUUGCUCAUUUGCUAGAAUCCAAUUCUCCAAUGCAGACUUGCAGAAAUUCCAAAAGAUGAUCGAUGAGAACUCAAGACAUUCAAAUGUUGAGGUUCAAAAGUCAACCUGUGCUGCUUAUAAGCAACUCAGCAACACUUAUUUCAAUAAUGAUGCUGAACUUGAAGAAGAGAAAAAGUUUGUGAUCAAUAGUAUUUCAGAGAUCGUCAAAAGAUCUGUGGUUGAUCCCGUGGUUGAUUCAACUAGAGGAUAUAAUAUGAUUCUGGGAAGUCUUAGCAAAUCAAUUAUCUCAAAAAUGCAGCAGAAGCUCCUCAAAACUUUGAUAGGAAACAUGGUACCAAAGGGAAAGUCAAAUGAUGAUCCUGAAAGUAGACAAUUCGCAGUCAGAAGUACUAUCGAUGUACUAAAGACUGUUGGAUUAAACAAUGUUGACCCAACUCUCGUAAAAUCAGCCCUCGAUCAAAUUCUUAAGGCUGUUCAAGAUUAUGCUAUUGAUAAGAGAGGUGAUGUCGGUUCUUGGGUGAGAGAAGAAGCCAUGAGAUCUCUAAAUAUUCUAAUUUAUGAGCUUUUCUACAACUGUGAAAAAGAGGUUCUCGAACAAAUAAUCCCAUCUGAUGCUCAUCAAGACUUCUUUAUUCACUACAUUGGAACUAUUCUGCAACAAUUAAUGGAGAAAAUUGAUAAAGUUAGACAAGUAGCUGGACAAGUUCUACAAUCUUUCCUUGUAACCUUCAAAAAUGAUCUUCCAAAUUUUGAUGAGAAAGAUACUCUCCUCGCCUUAUUCAUCUUCAGUGAAGAAGGAAAUGAAGAGAAUACAUUAGACUCCACAUUUUUAGAUCAGAGAGGAUACUUGAAUGCUAAAUUUACCUAUAAGCCAUGGAGAAAUCCUAGCUUUGUGUUCCAGCAAGUUAUUUCUCUCUUUGAUUCACCCAGUUUUGCCAAAUACUUAUGCACUGGAAUCGUGAGCAGCUCUGGAGGACUCACCGAGAGUACAGUGAAGAACUCUCUUGAGGUCCUGAUCAAAUUUAUUUCUGAAAUGAAAGGUACUGACACUGAAGUUGAGAAAAAGAAUAGAUUCCUUAAUUACUUUAAUGACAUCUUUGAGGAAAAUCUCAAGGAAGAGAGAAUUACUGUACCCUUGAUGAAAACAUUGGAAAGUCUUAUUAGAACAACAUACUUCGAAGGACAUGAAUAUAGUGAGCAGUUUGCUAGAAUGCAUAGUCUUAUUCAAAAAGAAAAUUUCAAGAGUAAGAAUAUUCCUAAACUAAUAACCUGAGCUGGAAUCUUGGGAGAACUUGUCCAAUUCGAUGAAAUCAAGGAAAAAUCUCUUAGAAGCCUCCUUUUGAUGCUUUUCAAUCCUUUCCCAAAGGUUAGAAAGCUUGUUGCAGAAAAUCUGUAUAACUACCUCCUUACCUUUGAGGAACCUACUGAAUUAUUCCCCGAUGAAGAUACUUAUGACGAAGCUAUCAUUUUACUCAGUGAGACCGAAUGGGGAGAUAAGCUAAAGCAACUAAAUGCUGAAGUGAAGCCAGCUAUCUUUAAGACUUUUGGACAAGAGCCACCUAAGAAGAAGGCUCCUGCACAGACUGAGCAAAACUAGAUUUGUAUAAAUUCAAUAUUGAA